AUGACAACCUUGCACUAUCUACCUCCCGUGAAGCCCUCGGCCAUUGCGCUGGGAACCUUCUUCACCCACACAGCCUCGCUGGGAAUCCUUGCACCGCUCUUUGGUGACACUUACCACCGGGCCCAGGCCGCCAACUCGAAGGAAGAGUUCAUUAAGUCGAAGGAAGCCGCCGGUGCUGCUGCCGCAUGGGGUAGCUCCCUAGCUGGAAGUGCUGUGCAGACUUAUGGUGUGGCUGCGCUGAUCAACGCCACCGGUACUCUCAGUUACAAGGGGGCUGCCUACCUCGGUACUUUGAUCUUCUUCGCUAGCUCUGCUCCCGGUGUUGUGAGCCAGAUCUUCGCAGAGAAGAGACCCCUGGACACGGUGGCAGUUGGUGCUGUUAGCCGGGUCUUCGAGACGGUCGGCUUGAGUUUGUUCUUGACCUGGUGGGGAACCCGUACCCAUCCCUUCGAUUAG